AUGGCUCUCUGGUUGGGAACUGCGACACUCGUGGUGCUUCUGCAAGUCCACAGCAGCAGGCUGCAGCAAGACUACGAAUACGACAGCUACGACAAGACGGUGGCUGCGAUCGAGAAGUGUGGCUUCGCAGGCGAGCGGCACGAGGUGACGAGCAGGGACGGCUACUCCACCAUUGUGUUCCGCAUGCGGCAGGGCGGCGACGGCUCCGGAGGCCAGCCGGUGCUCCUGCAGCACGGCUUCCUGUCCAGCAGCGACUCGUGGUUCCAGCUGGAGGCCAACUCCUUGCCUUGCCUGCUGGCCGCCGACGGUUACGACGUGUGGCUGUCCAACGCACGAGGCAACACCUACUCCAGGGCCCACAGGACUCUCAGCUCGGAAACCAUACGGUUCUGGAUGUUCAGCUUUCACGAGAUGGCCGUUUACGACACUGCAGCGACAAUCGACUACAUCCUGUCACUCAGCCAGACGGACCAGGUGUCCUACGUGGGACACUCCAUGGGCGGAACCUUGAUCUUCGUGCUGCUGUCUAUGCGACCAGAGUACAACAGGAAAGUCGACGUGGCGGUGUCGUUCGCACCUGUCUGCUUCAUGGGCCACACAACCAGUCACCUACUAAAUUUACUGGCGUACACUGCUCCGUACUUCGAGAAGCCACUGAACUGGCUGACCAACGGCGAGAUCCCUCCGUAUCCAGAUCCACAGGGAUCGAGUACUGACAGUUUCAACUUCCAGAUAGGGGCGGCCUUGGGCGAAGUUUUCGAUUUUGAAAGGAUGCUGCAGCGUGAAAUGAUGAUGGACAGUGAACCAUCCGAAUUUCUCACCGACGGGAGUUCUCUGAGGACCGCAUUACAUCUGGCCCAGCUGAUAACUCGUGGUGAGUAA